AUGUAAAAAUAUAGGGUUUUAUCGACGUUUUGAAAUGUAGGCAUAUUCAAUCAUCACAGUUUGAAUUGAUGACUUGAACUUAGCGUAGCCAUACAUGCAGACAACCCAUGCUCUGUGUGCUUUUUCUUUGUUAAAAUGAACCAGGGAUUUAGCUUCGGACAGACCACACAAUACUGUACUUUUGUCCGUUUUCUUUACUCAUUAAAUCGGUCGGACAAAACACCAUUGAUUCGUCCGGAUUUUCCCCUCUAGAACUCUGCGCUUGCCAGUUCACCCGCUCGAUUGAUUACUGUUACGCCUGUGCAUUGCGACCCACAUUGGACUGGACUGCUGUAUCUCGAGAGUUGCUACUGAGGUCUACAACUUUAUUCACCACCACAGUGAAGAGAAAUAGCUUGAGAUGGGAUGCUUUGAGUGCUGCGUCAAAUGCCUGGGCGUCCUCCCGUAUGCCUCUCUCUUCGCCACCAUCCUUCUGUACGCUGGGGUGGCGCUGUUCUGCGGCUGCGGGCACGAGGCCCUCUCUGGCACCGCCACCAUCCUGCAGAACUACUUCGAGGUGGUCCGAGCUCCCGUGGAAACCCUGGACGUCUUAACCAUGAUUGACAUCUUGAAGUAUGUCAUCUACGGCGUGGCGGCGGCAUUCUUCGUCUACGGCAUCCUGCUGAUGGUGGAGGGCUUCUUCACCACCGGCGCCAUCAGGGACCUGUACGGAGACUUCAAGAUCACCGCCUGCGGACGGUGCGUCUCCGCCUGGUUCAUUAUGUUGACCUAUAUCUUCUUCCUGGCCUGGUUGGGUGUGACAGCCUUCACCUCGCUGCCCGUCUUCAUGUACUUCAACAUCUGGACCAUCUGUCAGAACACCACUGUGGUGGAGGGGGCCAACCUCUGCCUGGACCUGCGCCAGUUUGGCAUGGUAACUAUCGGGGAGGAGAGGAAGGUGUGCACGGGCUCCGAGAAGUUCUUUAAGAUGUGUGAAUCUAACGAGCUGGACAUGACGUUCCACUUGUUCGUCUGUGCCCUGGCCGGGGCUGGGGCUGCAGUCAUCGCCAUGGUCCACUACCUAAUGGUACUGUCUGCUAACUGGGCCUACGUGAAGGACGCGUGUCGGAUGCAGAAGUACGAGGACAUCAAGUCCAAGGAGGAGCAGGAGCUCCACGACAUCCACUCCACUCGCUCUAAAGAGCGUCUCAAUGCCUACACCUAAAGCACAUGACCCGUCCCGUCCCCCUAUCCUUCCCUCCCUCUGCAACACACACACACACGUCCAUGACACACACGCAGCAGAACACACACAGAAACCACACAAGCUAUUCAAUGUCUGGUGUUUAUGUUUGUAAGGGCACAAGUGUAAGGGGGGGGGGGUUUGUGGUGUCGUGUUGUGGGUGGUUUCGACUUCACUAAGCUUACGGGUGUGACGAGACAAGUCGUUCCUACGGGACCCUUCUUUCCUGUAUUGAGAUUUCCUUUGUAUUUCUCCUCCUCUUUACUCCUCCGUUUCUUCUUCUCAUACCCUACCCUUUCUCCCCUUUCUCCCCUCUUCUACCUCUUCCCCUCUUCUUUUUCCCAUUUGCAUUUUGUAUAUUAGUAGUAGCACAUCUUUUUACAAUGUGUCAUUGCUUUUUACCAUGUGUUGUUCUAUAUCUCGACGUGGAGAUAUAGUGCUUCCAUUUAUUUAUGUUUGGUUUUAGGAGGGGUCGGGCUGGGGGCUGUUGAGUUUUUAUCGCUUUUUAAUUCACAUUUACGCGUAAUAUAUAUUUAUACGUUCCUAAACACUCGUCAUCCAAUGGAGCUCCAAUCAUACAUAGGUUUUAAAAUCCAUUUUUAUUUCAACAUAUCCACUUAACAAGACCAAAAUGGGACCGAACUUGUAUCAUUUACAGGUAAAUUACAGCAUAAUAAGCUUCCGAAACAGUAAGCAUCGCCGGUAUAAAAACUAUGUACAGAAUCUUUUUUCAGAAAAUUCUUUAUUGGUUGGGAGUGCCAGGGAUUCUCAAACAAAACUAAGUUCCUUCAAGUGACUUUUUACAUAUUGCUAUAACUGUAGCUUGGCCUGUUAGAAACGUAUGCUGGCUUUGUUUAGUAGCCUAGUCAUUGAAGUUGUCUGUCAAUAACUAUAGUGUUCUGAAACUGUGAAAAGAAAACAGUUGUUUGAGUGGCAAGUCAGCAGAGUGAUGAAGAUGAUGAUGAUGAUGAUAUGUAGUAUAAGGAGGAAGAAGAAGAGGCUUGUGGGAAUGACAUGACGUAGAAAUUCAUCUGAUAGAAUGGCCUUUCAGGAUCUCGCCGUGGGGGAAACUCUGUAGAAAACCACUUUUCUCAUUCAUCACAGGCCAUAAAUCACAUGCAAAAUAACAUUUUACAGGUUUCAUUUGUACAUGAUUUAAUCUUCAACUUUUUAAAUGCAAGUUAUCAGAAGAGAAAAUACGAGAUGUUUUUUUUGUCAGUAUUCUGCUCUGUAUAUAUAUCUACGGUAUAUAAAUAUAUACAUAUAUGUGAGACACUUCAAUUUCAGGUCAUUCAUUUCAUUGGUCAAAGUUUGGUGAUAUUCUUGUGAACGUCCAUUUCAGAGAUUCCAGUGAAAUAAAUAUGGUAACAGAAUCUAGACGGCAAGCGGAUGAACAAGCUUUAGGCCUGAAACGGCCAUAUUGCUACACGUGGAAACAGUUGAAUAUCACAUUGAGAGAUAACUUAACCGUCUGCAGGGUUGGGUUCAAUUCCAUUUAUGUCCUGUCAAUUCAGGAAAUAAACUGACAUUUUUUGCAGAAUUUACUGAAUUGAAAGAAAACUGACCCAAACCCUGACUGUCUGUGAAGCUAUACUAAAAAACAUGGAAUGUCAUGAAAACAAUGACAACUAUAUUACUCUUGAGUAUGGACCAAACUUUGUCUUAACUCUUUCUACUACUCUAGUUUUGCAGUACAUCGUUUCAUCAUUCCGUUGCUAACAACAACAAAAAAAGAACAAAAAUGUCUUGGUGCACUUAUUCAACCAUCGUGAGCUCUUUCUUGGUGUUACGUGCGUUUGGAUUUGAAGCUGAAUCUCUGUACUGUAGUCAUGCAACGUUUGGUUAUUAACCAAGAAAAAAAUGACUUCUAUUAUCUAGUUAAAAAGAACCGUGAAUCUAGGUGUUAUUUGUGGCAUGGUUAUGCAUUCAGUGGUAAUCGUUUUUAACUGAUUCAAAACGUUUUUGAAAAUCCUCUCUCUUCAUAAUUUUCAUUUCUAAUUUUUACGCUUGGACUAUCUGAGUCAACUGAUUUCUUAUAUGUGCAGCAUUGUGGUUCCUACGCUAACAGUAUUAUGCUAAGUAAACAAAUAGCCUAUUAGGUUGUCGUGAAUGAUUUAGUUUCCCUUCCUCUGGUUUGUCAGAUUCAUUUUUGAAAGCCCUGUCUUAUAAAACAGAUACUACUUGUUCUGAUGUUGCGUAUUCACUUCUUCAGUAUUAACCUGACAAUGCUUUCCGCUUUCUCCUCCCAUAUUAGUCUUUUGUACUUUCACUAAGAAUGCUUUGUAGCAGGCUGUACGAUUCUUCAUAAUCUGUUUUGUACAUACAUGUGCCAAUGGCUUAAACAGUGGCUUUUUUUUAAACUGUAGGAACAAACUUGCUUGCGUUAAAUAAAAUACACUUGUGUACUUGUUAAUAAUUAAA